AUCUACUAAUACAAAGCAAACUUUCAUUUCAGUUUAGAAGCGGCGUAGGACCUCAACACUUGUUUCUCAAACUCUGAAAAGAUUUUUCACAACCAUGAAAGUCCUUCUACUUGCAUUGGUGGUCCUGAUCCAUGGCACUAAUGCAACUUUGAUCAUCAAAGGCCCAACUGAGUCGAUUCUGGAGGGUGAGUCAGUGACACUGGAAUGCCUGUAUACAGACUCUGACCUCAAUGUCAGCCAGGUCCACUUCGAGUACCUUCCUCCGUAUCAGUACUCAAAGACAUUGUGGCGUAAAGUCUGGGGGUCCAACCUGGGUAGAUGGUAUUGCUAUGGAGGAGACGAUUUUUACAGCGAGGAGGAGGAGAGUAGCGGACGUCUGCAUAUUCCCUACCCAACAAGGUUUUCUGGAGUGCCCUUCCGCUGUGUGUCAGACAAUGAAAACGCAACCGCCCCAGACAAUGCGUCCGAGCCACUGACCUUCAAAGUCCAGUACAUGAGAGAACUGUCAAUGUCUAUGGAAGGCUACACCAGCUACCUGGGCGUCCCACAGGACCUAAAGGUACGACUCGGAGAUGAUGUAGAGCUGAAGUGCUCGGUGAGCUCGUCAGAGGAGCCAAGCUACUACUGGCAGAAAGAGGGUAAUGACUGGAUUCUGCCUUCCUCUACGCUCACACUGAAGAAGGUAAGCACGAUGGAUGAAGGGAAGUACACCUGCAUGGCAGAGCAUCCUUCAGUGAAGUCCCUCACCAAGAAGCGCACCAUCAGCAUCACCCUCCUGCCUGAGGAUGCUGCCUGGUAUGAGACUACUAAUGGGAGACUCUGGUUGAUGACCUCUGCGGGCGCAGCGUCUCUGCUCGUGUUCAUCCUCUCUGUGAGUGUCUUUCUGUGCCGCAGGGCCAAGCGGAUCAGGACCAGCAAGGGGCCCAUUGAUGACCACUCUCAGAAAAAGCCCAUCUACAAAUCAAGCGCAGAGUCCCUUCCUUCCACCUGCGCAGACAAACAGCCACUGGUGUGAACGCCCAGGCAGGGAUGAGAAAG